AUGCAGAAUUUCCUGGCUGGCAUCUUGCAAGGAUCACCUUGCUGCUUCAUGUACCUGGACAAUGUCCGUAUAUUCUUGAAGAUGACCGAACUCCACCACAGCCACCUAACAACCGUUUUCCAGUGUCUCAAUGACGCUGGCAUAGUCAUUAAUCCAUUGAAAGACAGUAUGUAUUUGGGGACUGACACCUCUGCCGUAGAAAGUGCAGGUGAUCCUGAACAUGCCACACCCAGAAACUCACAGAGGCCUACAUCAUUUCUCAGGAUGGUCAACUGCUACUGGUGCCAUCUAUGUAACGCUGCUGCAGGGCACAAACAUCUGACUGCAGCACAACGUGGCCCCACAAUGAAAGGAAGGGCUCCCAUUGCCUGGACAUACGAAAUGGAGCAAAUUUGUACCACAUCUACAUCUGAUUUAGAGUUAACCAUCAUUGUGGAUUCCAGUCAGACUGCUAUCAGCACACCACUUCAACAGUGA